AUGCAAGCCGCCAGGAUUAUGAAAUCUACAAGGUCUGCGAGGUCUUUCACAGGAGGACUGCGCCCAAGCGCAGCUCCCGUAGUCAUCUCACAACGAAGGACAAAGUCGACUGUGCCAUUCAGGUUACCCGAUCCGAGGAAUGAGCACAAUCCGACCUACGAGAAGAACUCACCGGAACGCGCAAAGUUAGAAGAGGCUCUUAGCAAGCUGCGCGCUCAACUGCCAGCCAAGAGUGACCUGUUCUACAACGGGCAGACCCAAGCAGCGAAAAAGUCUUUCAACACCGUUCUUCCAUCCGAGCACGCAACCACUUUCUCAAACUUUCCCCUCGCAUCGAAAGAACAAGUUUCUUCUGCUAUCGAGUCGGCUUUGAAAGCGAAGAAGAGCUGGGAAAACACCCCUUUCGUCGACAGAGCAGCAAUCUUUCUCAAAGCCGCGGAGCUCGUGGUGACUAAAUACCGAUAUGAGCUUAUCGCAGCAACUAUGUUGGGUCAGGGCAAGAAUAUGUGGCAAGGAGAGAUUGACGCGGCCGCCGAGCUGGCAGACUUUUUCAGGCUAAACUGUAACUUUGCUGCUGAAAUCCUCGAAAAACAGCCCACUCGUGGUUCUGACGAGUGGCGUCCCCUCGAAGGUUUUGUCUACGCUAUCUCACCCUUCAACUUCACUGCAAUUGGUGGCAACCUGAUCUCUGGUCCUGCACUGAUGGGCAAUGUUGUUAUCUGGAAGCCUUCGCCCAGCAAUAUUUACGCCAGCCAGCUUCUCUAUAACAUUCUUCUGGAGGCUGGUCUUCCCCCAAACGUUAUCCAAUUUGUCCCCGGCGACGCCGAAGAAGUGACUGACGUUGUACUUAACCACCGCGAUUUUGCUGGUCUCAACUUUGUCGGUUCUUCUGACGUUUUCCGCUCUUUAUACGCCAGGAUCGGCGAGGGCAUUGGUAAGAAGACCUACCGUGAGUUUCCUCGCGUGGUCGGUGAGACCAGUGGAAAGAAUUUCCAUCUAGUUCACCCCACUGCCGACAUUGAGCACGCUGUCAAUCACACCAUUCGCGGAGCGUUUGAAUACCAGGGCCAAAAGUGCUCUGCUACCUCCCGUGUCUACCUUCCCCAAUCUAGGGCCGAGGAGUUCCUCUCCAGCCUAACUUCCAAGGUCAAACAAAUCACCAUCGGAAGCCCUGACGGCAAACUGGACGCUUUCAUGGGCCCUGUCAUUCAUGAGCGCUCAUUCAACAAAAUCAAGAAAAUCAUCGACGAGAGCAACACAGACUCUUCAUUGAAGUUGUUGGUCGGUGGCACUUACGAUGGCUCAGAUGGAUAUUACGUCAACCCUACGGUCUAUUUGGCGGAUUCUCCCGAUCACCGCCUCUUCAACGAGGAAAUUUUCGGCCCCGUUCUGACUGUCUCAGUCUACCCCGAUGCUGAAUGGUCCUCGACUCUGAAAGAGGUUGAUCAGAGUGGAGGCGGCUUCGCCCUGACUGGGGCUGUCUUCGCCAACGACAGAGUCGCUAUUCGUGAAGCGGAAGACGCUCUGCGCUACUCUGCAGGCAACUUCUACAUCAAUUGCAAAACCACCGCUGCAUUGAUCGGGCAACAAUCUUUCGGUGGCGCCCGCGCUAGUGGCACCAAUGACAAGGCAGGAAGCGCCGACGUCAUGCGCCGCUUCGUUAGUCCAAGACUUAUCAAGGAAGAGUUUUUCCCCCAGACCGAGUUCUUGUACCCAAGCAACAAGUGA